AUGACUAAGAUCCCGAUAAGAAUUGUAUAUGAUCAGGAAUUAAUAAGGAAUCGCCCCACGGCACACAACCCUGACCUUAGAAAUCCUGCCAAGACGAUUAGAGCUGAUAAGAUCUGCUUUCCAGCGAGUUGGUCCAGCUCAUUAUGUCGGUCAUUACUGUCGGUUGCAGUGGCUGCCCGCUGCAUCAGAUUGCACUCUAGGUGGAGUAGCCUGGUGCAUGUCCUAGUGCAAGUUUCAUCACCUGUCAUCUCGCUAAUGUUUGCUCCCAGCUGUCAUGUUCUCCUUGUAAGGUGCCGCUCUGGUGCAGCGUUACAAAUCGUAGCCAUCGCAAUGCCCUACAACGAGCUCUGGGUAAUGAACCCCGUUCCACUUCUCCAUUUUAGUAAACAAUGCUUAAUAAACAACGCCGACAAUGCUGCAUUGUUGCCUUUUCUCCUGCGACUAGCUGCAAGGCUAAGCCGCUUCCUGGCUAUGAUGGUUCACAACGCAAGAGAAGCGCGGAUAAAGGAGAGCCUGUGCCUUUCUAAAGCUUUACCUUUACCACUCUUCCUUUAUCCGCUCCGGCAGCCCUGUAUAAAUCCUACAGGAUUAGCGACUCAAUGCUCCCUAUGGCAGAAUAUCCACGUUGUUAGCCCCCGGUGGCUUCCUGAAAGCUCCACGUCUCAGAGGAUUAGGAUCAUUUGA